AUGCACCAGCUCGGUUACGAAAAGUAUGGAAUAGUCACUACGGACCUCGGAUGGGUCACUGGAAUGUGGAUGACCAUCGACGUCCGUGAUAGCAUCCUUGGCCAGAUGUGUGACUUCUUUAUCGCUGAGCCAACCACUGAAGACCGGGCUCGACUGGAGCAGAAUCAGACCACCGGCGAGGAAACACUUUACAUGAAAUCUAUCGACAAAUGGUUUAGCUCACAUUGGGCAUAUUCCGUAGUUCAUAGCCAGAAGCCUCUGACGAUAUCCCAAGCUCUGGCUGAUAGUCCGGUUGGUCUGCUUGGUUGGUUCUGGGAUGUCAACUACGCCACUUCCAACGGCUACCCUUACACCGAGGAAGAGCUCAUCACGGAUGCGAUGAUGAUGUAUAUACCGGGGCCAUACGCAGGCAUUCGAGCUUACUUGGGAUUCCAGGUGUGUCAUCCCAUUCCGAGUGUGAUUCUUGCAAGCGUCGUAAUUAUUGACACCUAUGCCAGUCGCAUUUUCCCCACACAGACGUGCCCACGGGGGUCUCUCAGUGGACCAAGAGAUUGGAUUGAAAGAUCCGUGAACUUGGUGUAUUUCCAGAGACAUCAAGUUGGCGGGCAUUUCCCAGCUGUCAGUCAACCCGAUCUAUGGAUGGGUGACGUGAGGGCUUUCUUUUCCGCCCUACGCAUGUCGUCUUCUGUAGAAAAAGAUGAGCUGUAG